GCGAGUCGGGCGUGGGCGCUGCAGCAUAGCAAUCGCUGCGGGGAGUUUGUGCCUGCUGUGGCAUUGAUUCGCGCCAGAGCGAGCUGCGCAACAGGCUGCGAAACUCUCGCGUUGGGAAGGCUGGCCGCAUAGACUAUCUCCCAGCGCCGACUCGGGAGGCAGCAGCGCCGCAGCGAUCGACGCCGUCGACGCGCCACCUCACAGGACGUCCUACCGCAUUAGUCGCAAGGCGCAGGAUCGACAGGACGAGCAUGGCCCAAGUCUGGUGCGUCUACGACGUCCAGGGCGACCGCGACGCCGGCGAAAACGCCUUUGAAGUGUUUUGUAGUGAUCCGGAUGCCCCAACGCUCGCUGAAUUGCAACGCUCGUGCCCCUUCACGUCCACGGGCGGCGACUGGCGCUGGCGGGCGAAGGUGGCUGAUGACGUCUUCGGCUACUGCUGGCGCGACGUCCGGGACGCGCACGAGCCUGUGGGCGCCGAGCAAAGCGGCGAUGCGCUCGUCGUGCGCAUGCGGGUGGUCGAUGUGUCUCCACAAGCCAUCGCGCGGCGCCGGCUGAAACCAGGCAGAAUGCCGCGGGCGCGGCGCGCCGCCAAGGGCUACGCCGAUGCUCCGACUGGAGGCGGCCGCGCGACGUGGGAGGAAGCGAGUCGCGCGAACGGCUCAAGAGCGCACGUGCCGCCGCCCUCGCAAAGAGCGCCGCCGCCGAAGCCGCCUCCUAGAAAACCUUCACUGGACAUGGUCGACCUCGGCGCCGCGCCUGAACCACCAAAAAAGAAUGCCCAGUCCCUCUCGCAAGACACCGUCCAACAGCUCGUGAGGGAGGGCAAGAUGCGCUGGGACGACGUGGACCAGCGCUACGUCGCCGUCGAGGUCGUCGAAGAGGUUCGUAUCGGUAUCCAGGCCGUGUCUAUUGGGAACGAGGACUUGUCCUCGAAGGCUCCCGAGGUGCAGCAGGCCAUCCUCGAGCGGAGGCAGGCCUUACAAGAUGCGCAGGAGGAGAAGCGGGCUAGACUAAGGGCGCAGCGGUCCGCCGCCGAGAGCGAGGCCGACGCGCAAAUCGCUCUCAAAGCGCAACUGGAUCCUCAGUUAAAGCGGUGGAGCGAGGACCACGGCAAGAAGAAGAACAUCCGGGCGCUAUUGGCGGGCAUGGACCAGGUCAUGUGGGAGGGGAGCGGCUGGAAACCCAUCUCGAUAGGCGACCUGCUCGAGCCGAAGAAGGUCAAGCGGGCCUACUACAAGGCGUCGCGCUUCGUGCACCCGGACAAGCUCGUUAAUUUAUCGAUCGAGCAGCGCUUCGUCGGGAAGCGGAUCUUCGAUGCCUUGUCCCAGGCGUACGCGGAGUUCGAGGAGAGCGGGAUGGGGUGAGUAGGUGUGUGUUGUUU